AAAAUGGUCUACUUCAAACCAAAGCAGUGAUUUCCUAGUAAUAUUGCAAAGACUUCCAUGUGCCUUUUAUCACCUAACGCAAUUCCGUUACAAACUGAGCUCUUUUCUCGAUCGUAUGUAAGUGCUUUUGAGUACUUUGUGAAUUGAAGAAGUGGAAGGUUGGGGAAGGUUUAUGUACUAAGAGAAGAGAAAUGCUAACUACGAUGUAAGAACAUGCACCAUCUGUCGGGAUUGUUAAUUGGCUACCUUGUCAGAUACACUCGAUCUUGAUUUUGACACGACUGCAGUCUUACUGGAAUGGGCUGGAACUGUCACACACUGUGAAAAGUGGUAAGCAAGCAACCACAAAGCUUCAGCUAACCACUAACAUUUCCUGCCUGUGCAGUCAUGUGCAGGUGAAGACACCAAACGGUGGUAAAUUAGGAUUCCUAUCAGCCAGACUGUCAUAGCAAUGCUAUCCUAGUAUGUUUUCCUGUAUGUUCGGCAGCCCUGUCUCAUGAAUUCUGUGCUUUGCAGGCUUGCAUGGAAGAAGGUCUACUCCAUGUAAAAUACCAUGCAAUCUCCCUUCCCAUGUUCCUGUCCCUCCUCUUUCUUUCCCAAAUUGGAAUUCGUGUCCCCGGUCCCUAAGAUUGAGGAAGCUCAGCUCCUGCAUCCACCCCACCAGUUACCUCCAUUUGUUAGCGGUGCCGUGUGCAGAGCCUUCUGACUUGCUUUCUCCUCGGUCAGCCUGAGGUCACCAGGUCAGCCUGAGUUUUCUAAAAGCCUGUUGAUGAUGAUUAUAUACCAGCACUCACCUAGACCCUGUGGUCAGUAUAAAAAUCCCUAAGACCCUCACCCCACCCUGGAGCUCUCCCGCUGAAGAGCUAAUGAGGGGGGUAGAUGGAGGGACAGGUGGUUGGAGGCAUGGGGUGGGUGGAUGGCAGGGGAAAGAGAGAGAGGAUAUGAGGAUGGGUGUGUACCCAGAGGCCUCCUCGACGGACAGACCUAAGCUUGAAUCCCAACUCAGACAGAUGCUGGUUGUGGAACUUGGGCAAGAUGGGUGAUAUCUGAGAGCCUGAGAUUCCAGAUCUGUUAAGAGGGGGUGUAAUAAUUCCUACCCAGCCUGGGUGGCUGUGAAGAUUAGAGACUGUAAAUGGCUUAGAGAAGUGCGUGGUUAAAAUAUCAACAACCCAAAGUGGGACCUAUAUAUAACUACAACAGUGGGUGGUAAAUGACACAAGAGAAAUGCAAACAAAGGGGUGGGGGCUCGCAGCAGGAAGGCUCACACCUGGCAGAAGGCCAUGCGUGAGCGUGUGUGCGGAGCACGUGUGUACACGGGCCCUCCCACCUCCGGGUGAUCUGUCGCCCCAGCACGCAGCCGGCAGAGCUGAGCAGUCCGGGGCCCAAGGGCGCACACCUGGGAGCCACCCAUUUCCCACAGAUUCCGACGUUUACCUGCUGCAGCAGGCAUGUCCUGGAGCUCAUGCCCUUGAGAGGCCAGCUGAGAGGUGGCAGAAUGGAGAUCUGGAAAGGGCACAGCCGUCCGGAUUGACUUCAGCCUGCUAUGGGGAUUGAACAUCAUUCCCUUCUCCAGAAACCAAGCUCAGAAGCUGAGAAUGGUGUGGAGGAGAAAAAGAAGAUCUGCAAGUCGCCAACAGUCCAGUCCCCAACCCCGUCCAGCGAGACCGAGUCCCCAGACCAGAAGAGAAUCAUUUCCUUGCGGUCAAAAUCCAGUUUUGAUGGUGCCUCUUUAGCAAGCGAUAAGAAUGACUGUAAAACAGAAAGCAAAAAUGAAUCUAAGAUGGACAGGAAAAAGUAUUCAUCUUCCAGCCAGUACAAGGCAAAUAUGCACUUCCACAAGUUGUUCCUUGAUGUCCCAACUGAGGAACCACUGAGGCAAAGUUUUACCUGUGCUCUACAGAAAGAGAUACUAUACCAGGGGAAGCUCUUUGUAUCAGAAAACUGGAUUUGUUUUCAUUCCAAGGUCUUUGGAAAAGACACUAAGAUCUCUAUUCCGGCGUUCUCAGUCACCCUAAUAAAGAAAACCAAAACUGCCCUCCUGGUGCCAAAUGCCCUGAUUAUAGCGACAGUCACGGACCGGUACAUAUUUGUCUCCUUACUCUCCAGAGAUUCUACUUACAAGCUACUGAAAUCUGUGUGUGGACAUUUAGAAAACACGAGCGUCGGGAACAGUCCCAACCCGUCUUCUCUUGAAAACAGUUUCCGGGCAGACUGCCCUUCAUCUCUGCCUCUGGAUUUCAACGAUGAAUUCUCAGAUCUGGAUGGAGUAGUUCGACAAAGAAGGCAAGACAUGGAAGGAUACAGCAGCUCCGGGUCUCAGACUCCUGAAUCAGAGAACUCUCGAGAUUUUCAUGUGACAGAAUCCCAGACAGUUCUGAAUGUCUCCAAGGGAGAAACAAAACCAACUCGGGCGGAUGCCCAUGUGAACAGAGUGCCUGAAGGAAAAGCCAAGAGUCUCCCUGUCCAUGGUCAGUCAGAAACCAUUGGAGUCUUACACAAAGUCAAGUCUCAGACAUGUACAACUCUCCACCAUAUUCUUAUAUUUUACGCAGUCGUUGUCUGUGCACUAAUCAUCUCGACCUUCUACAUGAGAUACAGAAUUAAUACUCUGGAAGAGAGGCUGGGGUCACUGACCUCCAUUGUGGACACGCAUCAUCAUGAACAGACAGCACCAUCCGGCCUGGGGUCACAAGUACAGUUGAACGUGGAGGUCCUCUGCCAAGAGCUGACGGCUAACAUAAUGAAAUUAGAAAAGAUACAGAACAACCUACAAAAGCUGCUUGAGAACGGUGACUGACAGACGGGAGAGCUCAGGCCAACACGACACCUCGCGCUUCCCUUCGAAGAAGGUGCUCCCCUAGGCGUUCUGGUGGGGCGCUCCCUGCUGGCCAGAGGAGCGAGCAGCCCGGCAUCCCCGGCCAUGUUUGCACGUGGAGGUCUCCAGCUCAGGAAGGGGGAGAGGGGGAGUAAUUCCGGUUCCUGUGCAAUAAACACUGACCCUGUCUCUCUGAGGAAGUUUUCAGUGCUGCUGCCUGAACAAAACAGACCCAUCUCUGGAGGUCUCAGGAAGGGCCUGGUGGACACUCUCUCUCAGAUGAUUGUGGUUCCACAGUUCUCAUGACUGUGUCAGCAAACACACUCCACUCCGUGCCUUUUUAGUCCUUUCCGUGCUCCUUUUCUCUCCUUUACACCCCUCUGAACCAACCUUCGAAGUAAGGGAGAGAUCCUGUGCCAAAAACUUGAUACGGUCCUUUCAAGAAUUAGCCCUGACUCUCCAAAAACAGACUUGCCUCAAACAACACCAGCAUUUUUUCUUUUCGCCCUUCUGCUGUUCUGUUCUGCUUUAAAUCACCCUGUGUAUCUUCUCAAUUCAGUACGGGCAAGAAUAUCACAAAGCAGAUUAAAAACAUCCUGUUUAUGUUCUGUUUUGUUCCUGUGACUAACACUUAAUUGGACUGAGCGUCAGCCACCCCAGAUCAAGAAUCUAUAACACAUGCGACUGAAUUACUAAAUUAAACUUACUCUGAAACCAAAACUAAUCUUUAAACCAAAAAGUACAGUAUGAUUUGAUACUGGAUGGAAAACACCGAUUUUUUAAGUUUAUAGGUGGACUGUGUUAGUUUUGAAACAGGAUGCCUCUGUGGAAUGCUGAGACCCCUCUCAACGUGGCCAAUGCAUGCUUCCCUCUUUUGCUGACUAAAAGAAGUAACUGGUGGUUUCCUAACUUCUAUUUACCAUAUGGGUUGGCUGGUUUUUAUUAAUAAUUAUUUAGGUACCAUAAGAUCUGUAAUAUAAAUGAUAUUCUGUUUCUACUGGCAAUGCAUUUUAUAAUCAUUUCUAUGAAAUGUAUUUUGUUUAAUCAGAUAAGCUAAUAAAUGAAUUGGUUACAUCAUUUGUAUUUGUCAGCCUGCUGGACCAGAACUGUGCCUGGUGCACCCCCCUGGCUUUUAAUAAAUACUCAUUGGUUACAACGCCCUGCUAA